CACACAACGUGUCACCUGUAUCCCCUACCUUACCCAUUUAUUGUACCUGGUCGAGCCUUAAAUAGAAAGCCUCCCACAACAGGUUUUAGCAAGGCAGCCAACAGGUAAACAACAUCUUGUUCAACAAGAAGGUAAUACACUAAAGAACCGAACCAAACAUGCAGAACAUGCAGUACCUCUUGAUGCUACUACCAGCGCUUGUAUUCUCGUACGAUCUCAAAGAUGACAUGGAUUGGAGUGCGUUUGUUAGUAUGGAUGCGGAGGUUACUCUCAACUGUAACAACAGCGCCUCUAUGAUACAGCAAGGUGAAAUUGGUCGGUGGACUGUUCCAUCCGAGGAAAUACUGACAGACAACCAUAAUGAUUCAAACUUCAAAGUACAAGCCAUGUAUGGAAUUGAGGGAUACGUCCUCAUCGUAAAAAAAGUUACAGCUGAAACCCAGGGCGUUUAUGUGUGUAUCAUCUACAACGGCGGUGAACCGCGAGAUCAGGUGGUACGUCUCAUCAACUUCAAUGGUCCUAAAUACGAAAACAUGAACGAGAGGUACGAGACACACAUCAUCAUUGCUGUCAUCGCCACUGCGACCUUCAUAGGCCUUCUGCUUAUCGUCUGUCUCACAUACCGCUUCCGGUACCGGUCAACAGAAGAAAAAAUGUUCGCGCACAACUUCCGGGAAGUAAGCAACGGAGGGAGGAGCCGGACGAUCGCUGAUACUGUGAGUGCCCCAGACAGCAAGUCGGCAUAUGACAAUCCUGGCUCUACAAAACUAUAAACAAAGUGUGUUGUGCUUUAUAAAAAGACCUGGGCUUGUGUAAAACUGUACCAAUACUUCAUAAUAUCUACUGGUGCCUUACGCUUUUUCGUUAAAUCAGGAAGGAAACAUUUGCUGUAUUCAUUUUUAAAAUAGUUUACAAAUGCCUAUUCAAAUAACUCAAAUAAAUGCGUAGCCAUGACAUUCAUAAAAAAAACAUAAAAUUAGGAUGGGUUUAAAAUAUGUAUAUUUAUGAGGUCAUGGCAGACAUUCACAUGUCGUGAAGGCGAUAGCGUAAGAGCAGGUGAUAUGAAGUACGGCUGCAUGUAUCAAAAGACUAAGCUCAGUGACCAGGAACCUGGCACAUAACACUUGCAUCUGAUACAUAAUAAUUGUGAAGUAUUAUUCAAAAGUAGUCCAAAUACUAACAUGUAUUUACAUAUUCGGAUUUCAAUAUUAUGUACCUAACACUUUACUUUACAUAACACUUAUGUACAUCUGUUUAUGCAAUAUUUUAACUGGUGUAAGUAUUCUAUCCACUUUAGUAUAAUUUACUGUUACGUUACGGGCUAUCAUUGAACGCAAAGGCAGACUAAUAUGACAACAUGACACUCGAUUAACAAAAUAAUAAAAUCGCAUGUCACAGGAUCGAAUUAUUGACAUAAAAAUAUGGUAUUUUUUUAUAGUAGGAAAGGGUUUCUUGAUAUGAUGAUUUCUGUGUAUUUCAUAUCAAGAAUCUUUUUCAGUUUAUAAAAAAAAAUCAUUUAAUUCGCUUGACGGACAUCACAAUAGACCUAGGUUAUUCAUUUUUAUCAGAAAAGCGAACAUAUAAAAAAACCAAGAACAGCUACAUGACCUUCCACUACGUCUAACAAGCAAUAUAGUACCACUACGUCACCAGCUAUCAUCAGACACAUGUAAAGACAAACAAUCAAAAACAGCUACAGCAGUUGAUAUUGUACAUCUUCACAUACAACAAUGAGACAGACAACACACUACCUAUAUUGCAACCCAUUACAUAGUUUUUCUUAAUGUUUUAGAAAUAUGUAUAGAAACCAAUGAGCAUAUAAUUGUAUGUGUUUGCAUUGCUUUAUUGCUUUAUAUUUAAUUAUGUUAAUGUGAAAUUCUGUGUAUGACCAAAAUUGAAACGUAUCACUGUAUUAUGCAUUUUUUUAUUUUCAAUAAAAUAUUAUUCAAACUG